CGUCCUCUCCGACUCAUAGUUAAGUUUACCAUCUUGCUUCAUAUGAGCAAAACAAAGACAGAAUGAAGACGGUGCAACUUUUACUCUUCUGUCUGUUGGUGUGUCAAACUACAGAGAGUUUAACUGAUAAACUUGUGAAUUUAGGGGAAAAUGUGACUUUAGUCUGUCAGAUUCAUGUAACAGAGAUUUAUUGGGUUUUCCAGAAACUGACAGACUCUCCGCGGCUGAUACUGCGAACUUUCUCAUCAGAUUCUACAUCAUCUUAUAUACAAGACCAAAGACUGAAAGACAAAUAUUCAUCACUAACUAAGAGCCGUUUAUUUAUUAUUAAUAUAACUAUUCAUGAAUUAGGAAUAUAUUAUUGUGUAAAACCUGCUACAACAACUCUACAGUUCAGCAAUGGCACCAGACUUUACAUCAAUGAAGAAGCUGCUCGAGAUCACAAUCAAACAGAAAUGAAAAACAACUCUCAAAAUCAGAAUACACAGCAGCCUUUCAUAGUUUUGUGCUUCAUACCAAUCAUUGUGAUGUUUUUGGCAAUAAUAGGUCUAUUCCAGAUCAAACUCCAAGUGUGUAAAAAAUACACCAACAAUAUCAAGAUGAAGAACUGGAGCAGCUUUACAGCACAAAUGAUGAAGAGUUUUCUGAAGUGGAGUUUCGUCUAUUUCACCCGACCAACAACACUUUUGUUCCUUUUCAAAAGACAAAACCUAGACAAAUAUAAUUAAGAUUAGUUCAUAUUGUCUAAUAGUGGUAUGAAUAUUGAGCUAAAUAAUUAGUAUAAUAUUGUUAGCUGAUAUUUGUAACCUAAACAUGUAUGUAAUACAAAAUUUGCAAUGUUUUCAGCAUAAUUUUGUUUGCUUUUGUUUUGAGAAUUAAGUUUUGUAGAUUAAAUCUGUAAAUCUUAAUUCUGUAUGUUUAUUUUGAGUGGCUUCAUUCUUUGACUUGGGGCUUUUAUAAUAAUGUAAAUAAUGAUGUAAAAUUAAGAUUUUUUAUGUUUUUGAAAGUUGUAAAACAGGAAAAUAAAUAUUAUGAAGUACUAUAAUUUCAAUUAACUGAUUUAGAAGAGAAUAUAUAUGACUGGACUGGUUGCUUGUUUAUCUUGUAAGAUAAAUGUAAAUGCUUAUUUGUUUGCUCUAGAUUUGUUUAUGUGUGGUGUUAAUAUCCAAAUUGUAAGUAAAUGUUUUAAGGGUUUAUUUCAAUAUAUAUUUCAAUGUCACUAAAUAGGCCUACUGUAUUUGGCAGCAUAUAAACUUAUGUAAUGCUGUGUGCUGUAAUGAGUCUUUUGGUUAUUUGUAUUUAAAGUCUUCAUUGUCUCACUAUGGUCUGUUUUCUCACAGCUGUGGGUUUGUUGUCUUGAACUCUGGUUCAAGUUUUUGUGAAAGUCACACACUGUGAAACACUAUAAAG